AUGGCCUCCCGACCGGUGACUCUGCAGGUCAAGCCCCGAGGCAAACGCAUUCCCUCGCUACCCGCCAGCACUUCCAUCUACGUGCAAGGCAGCACCGCCGACCUCUACCACCGCAUCGCCGCCGAGUCCAACUUCUCCGUGCACCGCCUGCGCAUCACGCGGGAAGACGACGGCACCUUCAUUCCCAACGACAAGACCAAGAGCGUCGAGUCCUUCCAGCUUCGCAAUGGCAGCACCAUCCUCGUCAAAGACCUGGGCCUCCAGAUUGCCUGGCGAACUGUCUUCAUCAUCGAAUACCUGGGGCCCCUCCUCAUCCACCCCUUCUGCUACCUCGCCCGUCCCUACAUCUACAAAAAUGCCCCGCCGCAGCCAUCUCAACUGCAGACCCUCUCCGUGGUCAUGAUUGCCCUCCACUUCCUCAAAAGAGAGCUGGAGACCUUCUUCGUCCACCGCUUCAGCAGCGCUACCAUGCCCGCUUCCAACAUCUUCAAAAACAGCGCUCACUACUGGCUCCUCUCCGGCUUCGAAAUCGCCUACUUCAUCUACUCCCCGACCCACCCGACCUCCACCUCCUCCUUGAUUCCCCUCAUCGACUACACUGCCGUGGCAGCUUACACCUUCGCUGAGCUCGCCAAUCUCAACACUCACCUGAUCCUCCGAAAUCUGCGAUCUCCCGGCGGCACGGAGAGAGGUGUCCCACAAGGGUUUGGAUUCGCAUGGGUGACUUGUCCGAACUAUCUAUUCGAGGUGAUUGCCUGGGUCAGCAUCUGUGUGGUGACAAGGAGUUGGACUACGGCUCUGUUCACAGCUGUGGCUGGUGGGCAGAUGGCUGUGUGGGCGAAAAAGAAGGAGUCGAGGUACAGGAAGGAGAUGGGCGCCAAGUAUGCGAAAAAGAAGUUCGCUAUGAUUCCUGGCUUGAUUUGA